AUGGAGGACUGGCCCAAGUCAGUCUCCGCAGUUCAAGAGAAACCGGACACCACCAUGACUACCUUGCCUCCCAAUUCUCCUGUCGUGGCACAUCUGCGGAGGCAUAGGGAACCAGUCUCUUCAGAAAACAUCUCUCUCUUUCAAGCUUUCCCCUUACGUCAAGGAGGGGAUGGCCGCUUACAAUAUUGGCCUUUUUCAGCCUCUGAUCCUUAUAACUGGAAACAACAUAACCCUCCUUUCUCAAAGGAUCCUGUAGCCUUAACUAGCUUGAUUGAAUCUAUCCUCAUCAUUCAUCAGCCCACCUUGGACAACUGCCAACAAUUGUUGCAGAUGCUCCUCACAUCCGAGGAAAGACAAAAUGUUUUUCUAGAGGCUUGGAAAAAUAUCCUGGGAGAGGAUGGGAGGCCAACUCUGUUGCCAAAUGAGCUGGAUGCAGCUUUUCCCCUUACCAGACCUGAAUGGGACUUCUCUACGGAAGUACGUAGGGGACACCUACGCCUUUAUCGUCAGUUGCUCAUAACGGGCCUCCGAGGGGCAGGGAGCCGCCCCACCAAUUUGGCUCAGGUAAAGCAGGUAACGCAGGGCUCUGAUGAAUCUCUCACUGCCUUUCUAGAAAGACUGAAAGAGGUCUAUCACAUGUAUACUCCUUAUGAUCCUGAGGAUCCAGGGCAGGCUACGAAUGCUUCCAUGUCCUUUAUUUGGCAGUCAGAGCAUGACAUUAGAAAUAAACUACAAAGAUUAGAUAAUCUCUGGGAGUGCAAACUUCAGAUUUUACUGAAGGAGGCAGAGUGCAUAUUUAACAAAAGGGAAACACCAGAUGAAAAGGAAGAAUGCCUACCUAGAGAGUCAGAACAGAGGGAAGACAGACUUAGGAAGGAGGCUGAAGAAAGGGAGAACUCUAGGGACCACAAGAGAAAUAAGGAACUUAGCCGUCUCUUGGCCAUCACCGUACAGAGUAGUCACAGGUCAGACAGGCUGGGAGAGCAAAGGAGACCCAGGGUGGACCGAGACCAAUGUGCCUAUUGCAAAGAAAAAGGACACUGGGUCAAGGACUGCCCAAAGAGACCCAGAAAACAGAAGAAUCUGGGGCCAAAGACCUCACUCUUGGCCCUGGAUGAAGACUAGGGAAGUCAAGGCCAGGAAACCCCCCCCCAGCCCAGGAUAACUCUUCAAAUAGGGGGGCAACCGGUCACCUUCCUAGUAGACACUGGAGCACAGCAUGCAGUCCUUACUAGGUCCCCAGGCCCUCUCAGCAACUGAACCGCCUGGGUGCAAGGGGCCACAGGAGGAAAGCUAUACCAUUGGACCACUGAAUGGAAGUUACACCUUGCGACCAGUAAGAUAUCUCAUUCCUUCUUGCAUGUCCCGGACUGUCCCUGCCCAUUAUUAGGAUGGGACUUAUUGACCAAACUAAAGGCUCAAAUUCACUUUGAGGGGACAGGGGCCAACGUAUCGGGACCAAAUGGAACCCCUCUCCACAUACUGACUCUUAAAAUGGAAGAUGAAUACCGGCUAUAUGAGCAGCCAAAAGAAAAUCAAAAUAAUUUGGACUCAUGGCUGGAGCGUUAUCCACUGGCCUGGGCUGAAACUGGAGGCAUGGGGCUAGCCCUACAGCAGUCUCCCCUGGUUAUAGACCUCAAAGCCACGGCUACUCCAAUUUUCAUCAAACAGUACCCUAUGUCCAAUGAAGCUUAUCAGGGCAUAAGGCCCCAUAUAAAAAGACUUUUAGACCAGGGAAUCCUGACUCUUUGCAGGUCCCCUUGGAAUACCCCCCUCUUACCAGUAAAGAAGCCAGGCACCGGGAACUAUGGUCCUGUGCAGGACCUUAGAGAAGUAAACAAAUGGGUGGAAGAUAUUCACCUCACAGUGCCAAUCCCCUACAAUUUGUUGAGCACGCUGCCACCAACCCACCAUUGGUUUACUGUUUUAGACUUAAAGGAUGCAUUUUUCUGCCUAAGACUGAGCCCCCAGAGCCAGCCUCUGUUUGCCUUUGAAUGGAAAGACCCUGAGCUAGGAAGUUCAGGACAACUGACUUGGACACGGCUCCCUCAAGGAUUCAAGAACAGUCCCACCCUUUUUGAUGAGGUCCUGCAUCGAGACAUGGCAGAUUUCCGGAUCCAACACCCCUCAUCAAUCCUGCUCCAAUAUGUGGACGACCUGCUACUAGCAGCCCCAACUGAACAGGACUGUCAAAAAGGUACUGUGGCCAUAUUGCAAACCUUGGGGCAGCUAGGAUACAGAGCCUCUGCUAAAAAGGCUCAAAUUUGCCAGACAGAGUUGACCUAUUUGGGAUACAAGCUACAGGAUGGUCAGUGAUGGCUGACUGCCGCUCAGAAAGAGACUAUAUCCCAUAUCCCCAUGCCCCAGAACCAUCACCAGCUGCGGGAAUUCCUAGGGACGGCUGGGUUCUGUCGACUAUGGAUCCCAGGGUUCGCAGAGAUGGCAGCUGCCUUAUACCCACUAACAAAGCAAGGAGCCCCCUUUAACUGGUCUGAGCCUCAACAGCAGGCUUUUGACAAUAUCAAGAGGGCACUCCUCUCCUCUCCAGCCUUGGGCUUGCCAGACAUAACUAAGCCAUUUGAACUUUUUGUGCAAGGCUUUGCAAAAGGGGUGUUAACUCAGAGACUUAGGCCAUGGAGACGUCCCAUUGCCUAUUUGUCCAAGAAACUAGACCCAGUGGCCUCCGGAUGGCCCCGUCUAAGAAUGAUUGUGGCUAUCACAGUCCUCAUUAAAGAUGCCGCCAAAUUGACUCUGGGACAGCCAUUGACCAUACUGGCACCGCAUGCCAUUGAGUCCCUUGUCUGCCAACCCCCUGAUCGCUGGCUGUCAAAUGCCCACAUGACUCAUUAACAGUCCCUGCUCCUGGAUGUGAACCGAAUCCAGUUUGAUCUGAUAGUUGCCCUCAAUCCAGCAACAUUGCUGCCCCUGCCAGAGGGGCCUGCAUCCCACGACUGCCAACAAAUCCUUGCGGAAAUGCAUGGAACCCGCACUGAUCUGACUGACCAGCCCCUCAAGGAUGCGAACUUAACCUGGUACACAGAUGGCAGUAGCUAUCUGUUAAACGGGGAAUGACGGGUGGGAGCAGCAGUGACUACUGAGACACAGGUAAUAUAGGCCAGCACCCUUCCGGGAGGCACCUCUGCUCAACUCGCAGAACUUAUAGCUCUGACACAAGCCCUCCAGCUGGCAGCAGGUAAGAAACUCAGUGUUUAUACAGACAGCUGCUAUGCCUUUGCCACUGCUCACAUACAUGAAGAAAUCUUUAGGAGAAGGGGACUACUAACCUCAGAGGGAAGAGAGAUUAAAAAUAAGACUGAUAUCUUGGCGUUACUAAAGGCCCUUUUUCUUCCCAAGAGACUGAGCAUUAUGCACUGUCCAGGGCACCAAAAGGGCAAUAGCUCUGAGGCAAAAGGAAAUCAAUUUGCUGAUGAGGCAGCCAGACAAGCUGCCCUGGGCCCCCAGCUCCUGACAGCCACCAUUCUUGCUGAACAGAAUAGCCCCAAAUCCCUAGACUGGGAUUAUACUGAUGAGGACCUGGACAUGAUACAGAAGUUAGGGGCUGAUUAUGACCCGUCCCGCAACCGCUGGGUCUACCAAGGAAGGACUGUAAUUCCCAUGAAAAUCACUGCUGAAUUGAUUGAUCACCUCCAUAAGUUAACCCACCUGAGCGCCCAGAAGAUGCAGGUCCUGCUUGAACGUGUGGAGACUGGGCAAUAUCUCCUGAACAGAGAUGGGGCCCUACAAAAGGCAAUGAAUAAUUGCAAGGCCUGUGCACAGGUAAAUCCAGGCCGGACUAAGAUUGCUCCCGGAGUUCGCCUCAGGGGGCACAGACCAGGGACACAUUGGGAAAUAGAUUUCACUGAGAUUAAGCCUGGCAUGUAUGGUUAUAAAUACCUUCCAGUUUUCAUAGAUACAUUUUCAGGAUGGGAGGAAGCCUACCCCACCAAGCAUGAAACUACAAAAGUUGUAAACAAGACUACUGGAAGAAAUUUUUCCUCGAUAUGGGAUGCCUAAGGUACUCGGGUCUGAUAAUGGUCCUGCCUUUGUCUCCCAGGUAAGUCAGUUGAUGGCCAAGUUACUGGGGAUUGAUUGGAAAUUGCAUUGUGCCUAUAGACCCCAGAGCUCAGGACAGGUAGAAAGAAUGAACA